AUGGGCAGAGGAGGCCGAGCACAACAGGAAAGAGCCCAAGCAGAAUGGGCAAGAGAAUGGGCAGAUCCACAGUCGGUGCGAUACUGGCGUGGCUCCUGGGGACGCAAGGAUUCGGCCCAGGAGACAUCCUUUCCUCGAUACGACUCUACAGCGUGGCCGACGACCGAGCAGAGUACCAAAGGCAAGGGAAAGCAACAAGGCUCCUGGGACAGGGAGCCCAGUCCUGGGGGACAACUGGUACCCGAUAUGCAGGAGCUCUUGAAUCACACCAGGAGAGCGGAACAGCGAGUCCGCCAGCUAGCCAAGCAGAAGGAGGCCAAAGCGGCGCAAUGGAAGGCCUAUGUGGCGAAGAUCAAGAAGGCUUACCUCGAAGAGAGCCAACGCCACAACAAGGAUCUCCAGCGUGUGACCGACGACCUCUCCAAGGCCAUAGUAGCCCAAGACGAGGCCCGAGAGAGGAUUCGGGUGAUGGCUUACUACCUGUCCGAAGGUAUCCCUCCGCCAGUGACUGGACCUCGGGAGGACACCUCUUGGGACGAGAUGAUGGAGCAAAUGCAGAUGGAGAGAGACCAAGAUGGACCGAGAGCUGUUUUGGAAAGAGCCAUGGCUGCUGGGAGAGAACAGAAGAAAGGGCCUGUCCCAAUGCAGACAGAGCCCGAGGGUGGCAGAGCGACGCCACUACCUACCGCGGCGCCUACAAGCAUGCCGCAUUUUGGUACAGCCUGCCCUUCGACGCCUCCUCAGCGCAUGGUUGGACCGGAGGCUUCCACUCCACCGGAGGUAGACAAGCCAACCUAUACGAAGAUCCCGACCAGGACGACGAGGACCUCCGAGCCAUAUCUUGCCUCCCCUGGGAACACUGCAGCUGGUACGUGUGGGACCCAUGCCGGUGUAGGCAACUCUCCAGAUCGCAUGAGGCAUCCGGAGCAAAGACAGGCAGAUGCUCCGAUUGGCCCACCUUCAGAUGGAGGCCUUGCGGGCAAAUUGGCUGCCAAGCGAGCAGGGACAGCCUUGAAGCCAUUUGGCACCAAGGCUCCCAAGGAGGCAGGCAUAGAGACAGUGCAUCAGUCCAAGGAGACUCAUCACGUGCCGGUGCACCAUAUUCCGGACGGCGAAGAAGCAGCAGAGGGCCCAGAUUUCCUUCGCGAGCCUUCCCCAGGCGAUCCUGAGACCAGCAGCUAUCAGAUUCCCAAGGCGCCAAACAUCUGUAUCGGUGGCUCAGGGACAGAGGCUGAGUAUAGCUUGAGCAGUCAUGUCAGGUCUUCACAUUGCCUCCGCUUGGGUGUUCUUCCCAGUUGGGGCCUCUGCGAUGACCAGAGCUCCUGCACCAGGUGCCCAGGUGCAGGAGGACAGGUGGCGAUCCUUUUUGACCUCACACGGGUUGACCCAAGCUGCACCCUGAUGUGUAGCUUUCCAAUCAAGGACCUUGACGUGCAGGGCGAAUUAAGUACCUUUGUCAUUGCUGUGGCUGAAGUGCCUUCGCCAGCUACGACAGGAGUAAAACCACACUUUUUACUCCUACAUCACCCGUCAGUGCACUUACCUGCUGUCAUAGCCCUCCUCGGCCUCUCGACACCAGCUGCUAUGCGUAUUGGAGUGCAUGGAGGCGAGCGUGAGGGGGAUGACAUUCGAAUUAGGGAGAAUGCUACUUUAAGGCUUUUCGCUGAAGAACGCCUUGACCCAACGACUCCAGAGGACACUUCUGAGUCAAGUUCUUCAGGGCAGGUUGAGGCUCAUUUCUCGUCUGACAUCUCCCCUGCGUGUGGGCCAGUAUAUGGGCAGGCUCCUGAAGGCUGUCUGGAGGUCGAGUGCGAUCUUGCAGUUGGAUACGCCAACUGGGGAGAGCAGCCAGAUCUACCUCCUCUUCCUGCCUCCCUCCUUGACUCCACACUGCCUGCAGGGCACAGUUGGAACAUUGGAGCAGAGGACGGCGAGCAUCCUGCUCCAGACAACGAGAUAGAGCCUCCUGUCCCAGAAGAUCAGGACAUGGAAGCAGAGGGACCAGCAGCAGCUCCCUCUUUCCUGCUGAAUGCCUUAGUGUACAUUCCAGACUAUGUGCCUGAGGUUUUAGAAGUUCGGGUUGACUUGCCGAUAGGGAUCAGGGACUUUGUUGAUAUUGUGCAGCAACUUCGGUUUGCUGACCAGGUCGCAGGCUUCCCCCGCCUCUGUCCAGUCACACCGCAGCCUCUCCGCGAAAUGGCAGUUUUUGUCGCGGCCCCCACCUGGUUGACCGAUCUCGUGGUGGUGCUAAUGGAUUGCAGGCUUACCCAGUCUGGUUUCUUUGCUAGGACUAUUCCUAGUCGCCUGAAUCGCGAAUCCAUUCUGGUUGCUGCAGGUUUCAGACACGACGAUGCGAUCAGUGUGCACAUUGAUGGUCGCAUCCGCCCGCUUGGCAUUGACGAACGUGUUGCGUUGACCCAUGGGCACACCAUACACUUUGUGCCGAGGUACGGGGAUGUGCCCAGGUGCUUUGAGCUUGCGGAUAUGCUGCUGUCACCACAAGGAUGGGACCCCGAAGCACCCAUGCCAGGGAUUCAGUCUCAUCUCAAUAGCCACUUUCUCAUCCUGUCAGAUGCGGGUCCCUUCACCCUAGCGAUCACGCCGAGAAGUUUUGUUGACUUCAAGGGUGUUCUGGCCGAAGCUGUAGGUGUGGCGGAGCAUCGGCUCUACACUAAAGUUUCGGUGCCCCAGAUCAAGGAAUGCUUCUCGGCAUUCGGGACUGCCGCCAGCCCUGGAGGUUCCGGAGGCUUAGAUAGGGCACGGGAGGCUACUAGGCUUCUAGGCGGCCCUUGGCCAUUCCCGCCCUACCGAUGGCCCAUUCUCAUCCAAGAGGAUGAGACAGAUCCCAUGCACAUUGACACGGAUGAGAGGUUCAUGAUAGACAUCUCGGUCUAUCUUCUGACACCUGACUACAAGGCAGAGCAUCUUCCCCUAACCGUGCAGCUCCCGCAAACAGUGCAAGAGCUAGAGGAACUUGUUCAGACAUGUCGUGAGGCAGACCGUCGUGUUCUUUUUCCAACCCUUAUCGAGGUUAGCCCACAGCCUGACCCUGGGUGGGGGAUCUUCCUGGCCGUCCCUGCUUGGACCAGCCAGAGGGUUGUCAUCUGCUGCGACCUCUCCUUCUUCGACGGUCGGAUCAUCGCUGUCAGUGUUUCGCCUCUCACCGACUCUUUCAGCCUAUGUGCCAGUGUAGGACUCGCACCAAGGGCAGAAGUUGACAUUUUCCUUCCCGGAGCUGCAGCACCUCUGCCUCCAGGUGGUGAGGUUUUCUUGCAGAGUGGAACAUGCGUUGCAUUUGUGCGACCAGGAUGGCUGACCGUCUCCUCUUGGAACCCAUGGCUACCACUUGAUCCCAUCAAGCAGGAUCUUGACCAAAGUGCUCCGGUAGGCUGGCACACUGUCUUCCCGCAGCUUCCACCCCAUUGGACUUGGACAUGCUGGAGUGCAGGACAGAUUUUGGUCGUCGCCUUUGCACCUGAUGUCCCUCCACGGGGUAGGCAGCUUACAAGCGGCCCUCCCUGUGGUGACUCGUUCACAUCAGAUCCUUCUGCUGGCACUGGUCCUGAGGAUACGAAGCAGACAGCCUUUUGUCAAGAUAUCCCGGUCCCAGGUGUCACUGGAGGAGCGGUUGACCUCUGCUAUCGUGCUUUCCUUGCGUUGGCUUUCGCCACUGUUGCUUUUCCUGCAUUGCUUCAGGGCGAUAUUGGACUGAGCAUGCUUGCUUGUGGGUCCCUUCUGGUACAUCGGCACCGAUUUCCUGCCGUAUUACUCUAUGCCUUUGCUUGUAGCAUCGCCACCACAGGUGAUGCUGUCCUGGCUGUUCAGAUUGGAGCAAAGUAUGAUGCACCCACUGCGGUUAUGCAGGAGAGUGCCUGGGACGCGGAAUCGCGAGCUUUCUUUGAGGCGAAGGUGAAAGUGAAUUCCCCUCCGCAGGGUCAUCUACCUUGCUCCUAUCGGAGCACUUCCCUGGUCCUCCAUGUCAUGAUGUAUUUACUGAUGGGUCCUUUGAUGGCCUCAAAUGUUCUUGGGCCUUCUGUGUUCUUGGGUAUCAAAACGGCGCAUCUUGUCUUCUGGGAUGGGCAGCAGGCCAGGUCCCAUGAAGGCACACCCGCCAAUGAGCUCGCUGAGUACUCCCAUGGUUGUGGCUGCAAGUUGAAGCGACACUUCGACCAGAGCACUGGCCGGCACAGGUUGCAUUGCAUCACGGUCAAUGUUCAAUCACUCGCCGAGUCCCAGGAGGCCUCGUCCCCAGAAGAUCAGUCUGGCUUUACAGGGAGGGCCAGAUAUCUGAGGGAGCAACUGCAAGCGAUGGGUGUGCAUGUUGCGGCCCUACAGGAAGCGAGAUCUUCGGUCGACACAACAUACGUUUCCGACUCUCAUGUCCGAUUCUGCACCGCCAGAGACCCCAAGGGCAAUUUCGGAUGUGAACUCUGGUUUUCUAGGAAGAUACCUUUUGUGUCCACUGCAGGCACACAAGCUUUCUUUCAUCCGAAUGAUUUCCUCACAGUUGCCAGCGGGCCUCGAGAACUACUGGUUCGUUUCUCGCGUGCUGGGACUCACAUCCUCUUCGUGUGCAUCCAUGCGCCGGUUGGGGGCAGCCCAGAGCGAGAGCAAUGGUGGAAGGAGCUCCGACAUCGGAUUCGUCGCUUCAGCCGCAAUGCUUUGGUAUUUCUUGCCGGAGAUUUUAACACAGGCAAAGGCCGGGAGCCUCUGACUGUCAAGUACGACAGGGAAGCCCUACACACUGAGGCGGCCUUUCUGGGCCUUAAAUCUGGGGUUCGGCUCCGUGCUGGAAGGGUGCUAGCCGUUCUGAGAGGACUUGCUGGUUUCCGCAGCUUGCAGGGGCUUGUCCAGGAGAUGCGGGUGACGAAAGGCGCCCUACGGCAUCACAUACGGCAGGACAUCAACAACAGGGUUCGGGAGACUGCUGCGCUUGCAGCUACCUCCUCCAAGUCAGAUGUUGUUUCCAGGCUGCGCCCCCUACUUGGCCCACCCAAGCGCAAGGUCCGCCAGCGACGGGCCCUACACGGCAUCUGCCAUCCUAAUGGGGAGCCCACGCAGACCCCUGAAGAGGCAGAGGACGUUUGGAUACGGCACUUUGCCGGCAUUGAGGAUGGGGAGAAGAUUGACCCCCUGCAGCUUGUUGAGACUUGCCACCUCUUCCAGUCAGAGAAGGACCUGGAUGCCUAUGAGCUCACAACGGACAGCCUGCCCACGCGGACAGAACUUGAGCAAUCCCUCCGUAGCACACAGACCAAUCGAGCGAUUGGCCUUGACAAGGUACCAGGGGAAAUCCUGCACUUUGCAGCUGGACAGGUCUCGGUUGCCCUUUUCCAGUUAUUCCUCAAGGUGUCCAUGAGGGCAGCUGAACCCAUUCAAUUUAAAGGUGGAGCUCUCUUCGCCAUCUGGAAAGGGAAGAGCUCUGCUACACAGUGUUCUGCGCAUAGGGGUAUACUAGUUAGCUCGACGCCAGGAAAGUCCUUUCACAGAGUCGCCAGACAACGGGCGAUCCCCGCGCUGCAGAACAUCGCCUCAGACAUGCAGAUUGGAGGACUGCCGCACUUUCCUGUCACCAUGGCAUCUCAUUUCGUCCGAGCCUUUCAGGAAGGUUGUGCACAGCGCAAACAUAGCUAUGGCCUCCUCUUCCUGGAUUUACGCGAAGCGUUUUACCGCGUAGUGCGCCCCUUGCUCACGGGCACCUCCUUUUGCGAUGAGGCUGUGGCGCAGGUGGCGAGGAGUGUGAGGCUCCCGCCUGGAAUUAUGCAUGAGCUUCACAAGCACCUGCACGACUCUUCCCUGCCGGCAGCUGCCGGGGCAACCGACUGGGCUUCCGCACAGGUCUGUGAAGCCAUGCAGAGCACGUGGUUUAGGUUCCAGGGCAGUGACACAGUUGUAAAAACAGGCACAGGUUCCAGGCCGGGUGAUAACCUGGCAGACGUCUGUUUUUCGUUCAUUUUCGCAAGAGUCUUGAACGAUAUUCGCUGUGAGGUCAAACAGGCAGGGCACCUGCCCACAGUGCCGUGGUCGGAGGAGAUGUUGUGCAGUCUUCAGACAGUUGAUCCUGGCCUUCGCACCAAGGAGGCCCUUGACGCGACUUGGAUGGAUGAUGCCACUUUUCUGGUCGUGGCAGAUACCGCUGCCGAUCUGCCCGGGGCUAUGGCCAUCACAAGCAAGGCCGUUUUGGAUGCCUGUGUCUCACGGGCGCUCCUUCCUAACUUAGACAAGGGUAAGACUGAACUCAUUGCGCAUGUUGUUGGUGCAGGGUCACGAGGUGUGCGCAAAGACCUGUUUUCCCUGCCCGACGCCUCAUUGGCCAUCCCGUGCAAGCUUUGGGAGGGAGCAAGCAUCCGCCUUGUUCCCACUUAUCAACACCUUGGUGGUUUUAUCCACCACGAUGCCUCGUUAGUACGGGAACUAAGGCAUCGUGUCGGGGCCGCUUGGAAGGCUUUCAACGCACGGAAAAAGAGGGUUUUCAGUUCGCCCACAGUUUCAUUGCAGGACAAAGCCAUUUUAUAUGAGUCUUUGAUCCUCUCCAUUCUCCUUCAUGGGGCCGGAUCAUGGAGAGCUCUCAGCUCUGCUGAGCUCUCCAUCUUGGAACAGGCCCAUUUUGGGAUGGCUUUCUUUAUGGUGCGACCUCUGCACACACAUGAGGAGGCCCUUCACUUGGGUGGCCGACAGGUGCUUGCCAUCCUACGUCUUCCCACUGUUGAGACGUUGUUGCAUGUAGUUGGCUGCACGCGUGCCGACGGCAUCCUGGCAAACGUGGCAAGAGCUCUGCCUCCAACAGCCUCGCAGAUGGAAGCGCGACUCUACCGGGCAUCGCCUGGAGUGUUCAUGCCUUUAAGGUUCAUGGACACGCAGAACCAGGCCAAGGUAGCCGAAAGGCGCCUGAUGAGGGCAAAUUUCAGGAAGGUUCUAGCAACUGCCUCCUCUUGGAAGCAAGCUAUCUUGGAAGGGACCAUGCAGAACACAUUUGCUCCAAGUCUCCUGUGCGAAAUCGCGGAGUGGAUACAGGAGGCUGACCUGGCAGCUUGGCUUGUUCCUUCUCCCAUCUCCAAGCCACCAGCAUACACUACCUUCAGGGAUGCUUCUCUCAUCCUCGAUUUUCUGGACACGGCUUCGAUUUCCGUUCCAGUAACCUCCCCGGUUCUUGACAGCACACUUGUAUGCGUCGGCACGGGAUCCUGGACUUCCUCAUUGGGUUCCUUAGGACCUUUCCACGACACCGUCUUUCUGAUUUCGGCCCUUGGACUGCUGUCUUGGCAGGACCUCCCGACUGCUCCUGUCCGUCCCAAGGCCCUAUUUCAGAAGCUGUCAAGAGCCAUCUUGGCCUGUGACCUUUUUAGGCUGGCCCUUCGACUCUGGCUCUCCGGCAUACCGACGGCCUUUUUCUUCUCCAGUCACGAUCGCAUAGUUCCCCAACCAGUCCGCUCGCUGCAUCUCCUAGACUUUGUCCAGUUGAGAG